CUCAUCAAAAACGCAUUUUGCUCAUUUGUGUUUUGAUGUGUUUCGGUUUACCCUCGCAGCAAAUUCAAAGGCCAAAGGGUUCUCUCUUUCGUUUUCAUCGGGUUCUCUCUUUCACUGUCUCAGUGAAAUUUAUUGCAUAAGCGUAGUGUUAAUUGUUUACUAUGCAUGAAGGUUCAGACUUUAGAUUUUUAUGCUUUCUUUUCAAUGAAUAUAUUGCAGACUUUUAGAUUGAGGCAGAAAUGAUACAUACCCAGAAUACUUGUAGCCUAGAUGGUAACUUUGUCUUUGGGAUAUUGAUGAGCGGUAAAGAAAUGGGCAUUUGGGUUUAUUAGCUUGAUGAAAGUUGGUGUGAGAAUGAUCACAGAGUUUGUCAAAUUUACAGGAGUUGGGUUUAUCUGUUGAGUCUGAUUUUUAUCUGUUCAUAAAAAUUUACUAUGUUGGCAUUUGAUUUUGUGAACCACAAAAUCCUCAUAGACUGUUCAGCCUUCGUGGACACUCCAAAAAGAUUAAAAGGUGGUAGUUUGAUACUCAAAACUUUGGGAUUCUUGUAUAGGGCCCUGUUACUCUGAUCUUGAUGCCAUUGAAGUUGAGUUGCAAUUGUGCUCUGCCUUUGCACAGAUAAGCCUGUUAAUUUUUAAUCAUUCUCUUCUUAACUGUUGGAUUUGUAGAAUUGCUUGGAUUAGCUUCUUCCUCCUUGCAGCCUAUCAGAACUCUAUUGUGAGAUAUUUGGAGAGAAAUGGAGCACAACCUGAAAAAGGAAUCGGAUCCUUCACAAAAGGGACUGCUGCAGAGUGAUGAGUUAUAUCAGUAUAUCUUGGAGACUAGUGUAUAUCCCCGUGAACUGGAGCCUCUCAAGGAGCUAAGGGCUGCCACUGCCAGCCACCCAAGGUCUCAGAUGGCUACUGCACCAGAUGCAGGUCAGUUAAUGACUAUGCUGUUGAAGCUAGUAGAUGCAAAGAAGACAAUCGAAGUUGGUGUUUUCACCGGAUACUCUCUUCUCCUCACUGCUCUUACAAUUCCUGAGGAUGGCAAGAUUGUAGCGGUAGAUGUGAAUCGUGACGCAUAUGAUCAAAUAGGGUUGCCAAUCAUAGAGAAAGCUGGUGUUCAACACAAAAUUGACUUCAUUGAAUCUGAAGCCCUACCAGUUCUUGAUGAGCUACUAGAACAUCAUGAAAAUGAAGGCAGUUUCGACUUUGCUUUUGUUGAUGCCGACAAGGUGAACUAUUGGAAAUACCAUGAGAGGCUAAUGAAGCUGUUGAAGGUGGGUGGCAUAGUUGUCUAUGAUAACACCCUCUGGGGAGGAACAGUUGUAAUGCUUGAGGAAUCAACUCCAGAAUACAUGAAACAAGGCAGACAGGCGACUAUUGAGCUUAACAAGUUACUCGCAGCCGAUGCUCGUGUCCAAAUUUCACAUGCUUCUUUGGGUGAUGGGAUCACAAUUUGCAGGAGAAUUAACUGAUUCUUGCUUGAAAGUUGAAAUCUUACAUUUCUAAGCUUGAGCAUUUGGCAAUAUUCCUAUGCUAAUGAGAUUUGAAUUAUAAGUUUUCUGAACUCAGGAGUUUUAAUUAAAUAAAUUUUUGCUGUAGUGAUCUCUGCUUU